GAACAGGCAGUUAAGACCUCCUGAAUAUCAGCUUUACUCAUUCUGUGGUGUAUAUGCACGAAAAUGCCCGUUCUAGAGAAACACAAGUCGGAACAAGAAAAGUCCAAAGUGCAUAGGGAGAAUUACGUGUUUCCAAAGCUGCCUGUGCCACCUUUACAACAGACCUUGGACAUGUACCUGAAAUGUAUGAAACACCUGGUUACAGAAGAGCAAUUCAGAAAGACCAAAGCUAUCGUUGAGAAGUUUGCUGCUUCUGGAGGUUUGGGAGAAAUUUUACAGCAAAGGCUACUGGAAAGACGAGAGAAAACAAAAAACUGGGUGUAUGACUAUUGGCUUGAGGACAUGUACUUGAAUAACAGAUUACCACUACCUGUCAAUUCCAGCCCUGCUAUGGUCUUUCCACAUCAGAAAUUCCACAAUCAGAGUGAUUAUCUCAGGUUUGCUGCACAUCUUAUAUCAGGAGUCUUAGAUUAUAAAGCACUAUUAGAUGCACAUGCCUUACCACCUGACUGUGCACGAGGGCAGCUAGCUGGCACUCCACUUUGCAUGGAGCAAUAUUACAAACUCUUCUCCUCCUACCGCCUUCCUGGUUGCAAGAAAGAUACGCUAGUAGCUCAGAAGAGCAGCAUCAUGCCAGAGCCAGAACAUGUCAUUAUUGCUUGCAAAAACCAGUUUUUUGUUCUAGAUGUUGUGAUCAAUUUCCGACGUCUCAAUGAAUCAGAUUUAUUUACCCAGCUGGAAAAAAUAGUUAAAAUGGCAGCAAAUGAACAGGAGCGACUCCCACCCAUUGGUCUGUUAACAACAGAUGGAAGAACUGAAUGGGCUAAAGCAAGAGAAGUUAUCAUGAAAGACUCCACCAAUCGUGACUCACUAGAUAUGAUUGAAAGAUGCAUAUGUCUGGUAUGUUUAGAUGAACCUACUAUGCUUGAACCUACCGACACUAACCAUGCUCUGCAGAUGCUGCAUGGAGGAGGAGUUGAUAAAAACAGUGGCAAUCGCUGGUAUGAUAAACCAAUGCAGUUUAUUGUAGGAAUGGAUGGUGCCUGUGGUGUCGUGUGUGAGCACUCACCAUUUGAAGGCAUUGUCCUGGUACAGUGCAGUGAACAUCUGUUAAAAUACAUGAGAGGAAGCCCUGCUAAGCUUGUGAGAGCUGCAAGUGUCAGUGAACUGUCCGCUCCAAGGAGACUUCGUUGGAAAUGUUCACCUGAAAUCCAGGGACUUUUAGCUUCGUCGGUAGACAAACUGCAAAGUUUAGUGAGAAAUCUCGACUUAAAUGUUUACAAGUUUAAAGUCUAUGGAAAAGAAUUUAUAAAAGAGCAAAAAAUGAGUCCCGAUGCGUACAUUCAAGUUGCUCUUCAGCUGGCAUUUUACAGAUGCCAAAGAAGGCAGGUUUGUACCUAUGAAAGUGCUUCAACUCGACGUUUUCAAGAUGGAAGAGUUGAUAACAUCCGAUCAGCUACCAUUGAAGCAUUUGAAUUUGUUAAAGCAAUGACGGAGGGGAAAUCUUCAUUACCGGACUCUGAGAAAAUGCAGAAGCUGUGGAGUGCAAUUAAUGCUCAGACUAAUUACACUGUCCUUGCAAUAACAGGAAUGGGCAUUGACAACCACCUACUUGGACUUAGAGAAAUUGCACUUGAAAUGAAAAUGGAAAAGCCAGAAAUAUUUACAGAUGAAACCUACAUGAUCAGCAAUCACUUCAUUUUAUCGACUAGCCAAGUUCCAACGACAGUAGAGAUGUUCUGCUGCUAUGGCCCUGUGGUUCCCAAUGGGUAUGGUGCUUGCUACAAUCCACAGUCAGAUCAUAUCAUAUUUUGUAUUUCAAGUUUCAGAAAUUGUAAAGAAUCGUGUUCUACGACAUUUGCAAAAGCGAUGGAAGAGGUUCUUCUCGACAUGAGAGAUUUGUGUAUCAAGUUUAACACCCCUAAGAAAGCAUCUGUCAGUGAGGGGACAGCAAAACAAGGAAAGCAAGGAAAACCUGGAAGCAAGCCAUAAAGGAGUAGAAAGCUUAUUGAUUUCAGAGGCCUAACCUUUAAAAUUGAGAAAGGCUAUGCUGAAAUGUGUUACAAUGCGUUAAAUCAUAAUGUGUUCUUAUUUCUGGUAUAGAUAAAACAAAACGUGAGAUUUAUUUUUUUUAUUACAUAAUUAGAAAUGGGUAAUAUUGCUAUAAAUGAAAAUGAUAUAUUUAUUUAGCUUUUGUAUCUGUUUAAUUUUACAUCAGUUAUGUCCAUUAAUUUAUAUAGUGUAUAUUUAUUUUGUUUAUAAGUUACAGAAAACUAGCUGCUAAAAAAUAUUUUAAAUUUUAAUAUAUUGCACAGCAGGAUCUGUGCCAGUUUUCAGAAAAUCUUCAAAGAGGAACACUCUGAAAUAUAAAAAUAAUAUUGGCUAAAAUGUUGAAAAUUGUAAUGCACAGUAAAAUAAGAGCAUAGAACAACGUCAGCAAGAUUUGAAAAGCAGUGUUUUCUGUGGCGGGGUGUUUAAUUUCUUUAGGCAUUCUAAAUAUAUAUGGAUUUGGAAUGAAUAGAAGGUAAGAGAAGUAUAACAGCUGUUCGUGUGAAUUACCCUUGGAGAAAAUAUAAACUUCCCUUUAGUUUAAAUCAAAGCCAAAGACAUCAAAAAAUGUUAGAUUUGAUUAUGAGUUAUGAGAUUUCUGAAUAUUAUGUGAUAUUUUAUUGAAUGCAAAGUGAA